AGCAGCAGUAUUUGAUUGUCCGCAAGUGUUGAACGAAUAAGAAGCGAGGAGACUUAAAAAUUUGUUCAGUUACAAAAAUUCAAUAGUGUUAAAACUAAUUUUUACAUUGUAAAUUCCAAAAAAAACAAACAAAUUAAAUAAAAAUGUCUGACGAAAAGAAGGGAUCAGAAACCGAACAUAUUAAUCUUAAAGUUUUGGGACAGGACAAUGCUGUGGUACAAUUCAAAAUUAAGAAACAUACACCACUCAGAAAAUUGAUGAAUGCCUACUGUGACAGAGCGGGUCUGUCCAUGCAAGUGGUUCGGUUUCGUUUUGAUGGCCAACCUAUAAACGAGAACGACACACCAACCUCCUUGGAAAUGGAAGAAGGCGAUACAAUUGAAGUUUAUCAACAACAGACGGGUGGCUACAACAUUUACUAUUAAUUUUAUACAUACAAAACACAACAAAUCUAAUUUUACUCUUAAUAAAUAUUAAAAACUCAUGAAAAGUAAUAAUUUUAAUAUAUAUUUAAAAAAUAUAAAAGUCGAUCGAGUAUGUCCAAAUCCAAUCAAUCAGCCAGCUUCAAUUGAAACAAUGUAUGGAACUGUUGAAAGUGAAUUGAACUUUUGUCGAAUCACAUUCUUCAUCAUCUAUUUGUCAUAAUUUUUGUAUUUAAAAUUCACGUUGAACUUUCCCGCAGAUUUAUUCUUUAAUUUUGUCUUACAACAAGAAAAAUGCGUUAUAUACAUACCUUUUCAAUUGAUUUCCUUUUUUAGUUGUAAAAAAAUAUAAACAAAAAUAAAUUUAAUAGAACUUAA